GGGGAGACAGAAAGAUAGGAAGGAGUUGGAGGGGAAUCUGAGGUGGGUGGUGAGUGCAUGCUUCUUUGAUGGGACCCCGUGAAACAAUUGCCUUUAUUUAGAUGCUUUGUGUGCUAUAGAUUAGAGUUGUGGGUGGGGCAAUGUCACUGAAGUGGCCGUCGGAUCAUAUCAUAUGCAAUGACAGUAAACGCGAAAAGGACUGAAUCAUCUCGGACGAGCAGUAGUGGCUGUGAGGAGGAUGAGGAAUGCUCCCUUAUCAUUGUAUUUUGAGGUGGUGAAGGAAUUCUCUCUGACAUGCAUAUAUGAGAGCAAGAGAGAAAGAGAGAGACAGAAAGAGUCAUAUCAGGCGUGCCCAAGCUUGAAGAAUAUGACAGAGUGGAGAGAGAGAGAGGCUGAGAGAAGUCAGAGAAGAAAAGCUGGGAAGCGUGCAUCAUCACCAUCAUCAACAGCAGCAGCAUCAAAACCUAGCACCACCUUCCAUGGCUUUAGAUUGCCAACCUAUUGUGAUCUCUUUCUCUUACAAAUUACUCGACGAGAUUUCGAACCCUCCUUGACAACUUGCUUACCUCCUUCAAAGGCUCACAGCGGUCCCGCAUGGGCCCACGACUACUUUCAUCACAUGCCGAGUGGCUGAGCGAGUAAACGGAUGCUCCAUGGACCAUUCCACCCAUUACGAGAACAAUAUCGGAUCCGGAUUCGACAACGAAACUGACCCGGAUCCGACACAAAUAGUCCGGUCGGCCAUAAACUUUCGAUUCCCUCUUCCGUGAGUGGUUCGGUGAGGGCCAAGCGAGCAAAUAUAACACAACUCGAAAAGCCACCACCGGUCUAAGCGUGCCCUCGGCUCCCUCCGUGCCCUAAACGCUAACUCACUGCGUUCCGCGGCUUGGAGGCCGUCAGGACGCGCCUCACCUGCGCCUGUUUCGUCGCUCGGCCGUGGUUCUACCUGCCUCGGCCUCAGGCCCUUGACCAUCCGUCGCAGCCGACGGCGAGCCACAACUCUUUCGCCUCCUGUGUUGGUCAUUGGAGAGUGAAAGAAUAUGAGGAAGUUGAAAUUCCAUGAGAAGAAGCUACUCAAGAAGGUCAACUUCAUCGAGUACAAACGCGAAGGUGGCCACCGUGAAGCCCUUGUCACGCGCCGUUACCAUCUCACCGAGAGAGAUGACUACAAGAAGUAUUCAAGUAUAUGUAGGAUGGUGCAGAAGCUAGUGCAUAACUUGAAGCAAAUGGAUCCCAGAGACCCUUUCCGUAUCGAGAUGACGGAUGGAUUGCUGGAGAAGCUCUAUAAUAUGGGUGUUAUUUCAACAAAAAAGAGCUUAGCAAAGUGCGACAAACUUUCAGUUAGUUCAUUCUGUAGGCGCAGGCUAGCCACAGUUUUGGUAUACCUAAAGUUUGCUGAGCAUCUGAGAGAGGCUGUAACAUACAUUGAGCAAGGCCAUGUCCGGGUAGGCCCAGAUGUGGUAACAGAUCCGGCAUUUCUUGUGACGAGGAACAUGGAAGACUUUGUGACUUGGGUGGACUCUUCUAAGAUCAAGAGGAAAGUGAUGGAGUACAAUGAGAGAUUGGAUGACUAUGAUGCGCUGAAUGCCUAAAGUUGCUUUUACAAGUCAAGAAUGCCAGUUUUUUCAAUAUCCAUUGGUGGGGGGCUAUUUCUGACCGCCGAGAAAUUCUUAUCGAUCGCAAUUAGUCAAAUGGACCAAUGCACAUAAUGCUAAAAUUUUGGAAUCAGAUUAUUAGUUGAACCUGUGUAUUAUUUUAUAUAGUCUUGUCUUCUGCUUUUAGUAAUGUUGUAGUAGUAAAUGAGUAAAAACUGUAAUGGGCUACCGGAAGUAUUGCUGAGCCAAUGUCAUGUUUAGGUUGGAUGAAUUAAUAGCUUCAGAAAUAUGUGGAACAAUCAGUCAACCUUGCAUGGUUUUA